AUGGGCACAGAAACAAAUCGAGGCAUGGCUACCCCUAGCGCAGAUGGCGGCAACAGCCCAGACAAUGCGCCCGCACACCAGCGACAACAUUCUUGCCAACCGCACCUCUCCGAGCCAGCACGCACCGUCGCAGAUCGCGUUGGCACUCCUCUCGGCCUAGUCAUCAACGCUGCCCCCAUUGCUUCAACUACUGUUAAACCAGAAACAAUAACCCCCGCGCCGAGCGCAUCGCCAGUUCACACUGACCAUCAUAAAUCAGCAGCACACGGCUCCGAGGCCAUCGCGCCAGCCGAGCCCAAGCAGGAUAGGUCGUCAAUCAUGACUGCCACCAGCGCGUCGACAAACGCGACUAUUCGCGACGACAACCAAGCUGCAGCCACAGAAGUGUUUCCUUCCAUGGAUGAAAUCCCACUGCAUACAGGAACCGUACAGUCUACCACCAAGAUUGUUCACCCUAAACCCAUCAACGCCGCCGCACCAUCCGAGGUACCAACACGACCUGGCACCGCUGUGAGCAACGUUGCCCAGCUAGAAGCCACCGCCGUCCGCCUAUCUAUGACGAGCUCCAUCGACGACGCGAUCCGCGAUUUACAUGGCGAGCUGAAACGAAGCGACAGCCGCCGAUCCUCCAUGUUAGCUGCCAGCCUCAAAGACGAGCCCAUCACGGGGCAGUUGACUCGACACUUGUCCACCUCGUCAGCAAAUGCCAGCCGCCAUGCAGGCUAUCUCAAGUCUCCUGGUAGUCUCGCAGCUCCAGGCAGGAUGCGAUCCUCCUCGAACCGAUCUAUAGGCUACGAACCAGAGGUUCCUAGCCUCUUGUCUCGCAAUGGACCCGGCAAGAGCUCAGUUCGCAGCGUGCGAUCCGUCAAGCCCUCUUUGGCGGAGAUUUCAGAGUCCGAGCCAACCUCAGCUCCCAAGACUGCUGAUGUUGAUAAUGGGUUAGUCGAAACCUCGCACGGUUUGGGCUUGGAACCUGCCUUUACCACCUCUACGCCAGCAGAGCCAACGCAACCGGCACCGGUCCCCAGCACUGACGCCUUCCAUGCCAUGAUGAAUAGCGCUUUUGAAUUUAGUAGCUCUGGCCAAUCACAAGACAAGGCAGCUACUGUUGAGCAUCCGGAGCGGCCGUCUAGCACACGUUCGCACGAUACAUUUAGCCAGUCUCAGAAUGCCUUUGCCGACUUUGAUGGAGUUCAUUGUGAUUAUGAUCAAGCUGGUGAGGACGAAGCUCCUCAAUCAGCACCUGCCGACAUGCACUUCCAAGAGGAGGGCUACGACUAUUUUGAUUUGGGCAUUCCAGAGCAAGAGCAUAUCGAUGAAGCAGACAUGGUAGAACCCCCCAUUUUGCAGCCUAUCCAGCCUACUGCCAUCCGAAGAGAGCGCCCACAGUCGUACAUGGACCCCCAGACCGGCAUCGAAAUGUUUUAUUACCCGGCCAAGGUUCCUGCUAUGCUCAACCGACCCCGCAAGCUUUCGAGCAAGCCCAAGGCUGUGGAACGAAAUGAACGACAACAAAAAGUUCUAAGCGCUAUGUGGACUGGUGAUGGUGGUGCGAAGGAAAUGCCUAACCGACGCCACUCAGCCAUGCCCAAAAUGGCCACCAGCGCAAGCGCAGGUGCUGGUGUCAGACAGUCGUGGCUUCCAGACCUUCGCCGACAAUAUCGCUCGUCUUUUAUGGCAUUGCCUGGCGAAGCCCACCCAGAAUUUCGUGAACAUGAACCUGUAACUCAACCAGGUGCCGAGGAGCCUGAGCAGGCACAGGAGGAGCCCCUGGAAUCCCCGCCUCCGGCUGAUACUUUACGUCGACCCAAACGCAUCUCUCACAUCGAUGAUCGACGCAAGGCUAGACUUUCGCAGCUCCCUUCACAGCUACGGGCUAGUGCCUUUUUCGAUGCUCCCGUUGUUUCACCUGACAUUGAGAUCAAGGACGGUUCUGCUAUGCGUACUUUGGACCACAUCUUGGACGUCUCCGCUACUGCGCCUGUUAGUGCCUUUACUGACCACCUUUACGCUGGCCCUCUCGGCUCCGAAGUCUACGGCAAAGAGAAGAAGCGCCAGUCGACUAUGACUCUCUCACCGUCUUUGGCAUCUGUAGGUUCGCCGACUGAGCUGAAGACUGUUAAGAGCCGCUCGUCAUUCAUGUGGUUGGGUAAGCGCUCAUCAAGCUACAACAGCCAAGAAAUACCAAAGGCGCACAGCGUUGGUGGCCGUUCUCUUCUUGACCCUGCUGAAUCCAACCUAAGCAGCCCCAAGAUUGGCAGCGAACCGGCCCGCGACGAGGGCCAUAGCAUUCAUUCCCCAGGGCAGCCAGUUGCUGAUAAUGCAGAGCAUGCCGAACCUGGACAUGCUGCGACAGGGGAGCAUGAAGCUGGCCUAGAAGCAGCGGGCGAGGAAUUGAUGGAGGAAGAAGAGGAGGAGGACGAUGCAUUUUUCGGGCCACCUACAACACUAUUGGCCGAACUUCAACUCCGUAAGCAGCAGCAGAAGGAUCGAACCAAGCAGCGUUUUCUUGUACCAUCUGGCACUCGCGCAACAUUGUUGGAAAUGGAUGCUGUUGCGGAAACUCAACGCAAAGGACGUCAAACCAAACGCGUCAACCUGGCCUGGGAAGACCCCAACAUGCAUCUUGACCAGAACGGUUCAGACGAUGAAGAUGUUCCGCUCGCGAUUCUUGCCGCGAAGCAGCACGGAGCGAAGAACAUGGCGGAUGUUGAGCGUCCUGUGGGAUUAAUGGAGCGACGCGACAUGGAAGACAACGAGCCACUCAGCCAGCGCCGCGCUCGCUUACAAGGACUUGAUCUUGCUCCUCAGCAAAUCCGACCAACCACCAUGAUCUUCUCGCCCUCUCGACUGGGUGAUCCCAACCCCUCGCAACUGAAUCUGCCAACCAUAGAAACGCCUGUAGAGGAAGAAAUUGAAGAGGAAACAUUGGCGCAGCGUCGCAAACGCCUGGCUGCCAAGGAUGGAGGUGAACUGGCUCUUCCAACAGCGCGACCUGUGAGCGGUGCCUUUUCCGUCGAAGUUCUUAGCCAAUUUGGUGAUCUUGAUGAGGGCAAGGCGAAGAAAGAGGCCGCAGCUCCCAAGGAAGGCGAAGAGGAGACUCUGGGUCAAAGACGACGAAGACUCCAAGCCGAAAAGAUGGCCCGAGAGGAAGAAAUGGGAAUACAAGGCCCCUCUGGAGGUGUCUAUGCUGGUGGUGCGGUGCAACAUGCAGAUCGCAGACUCAGUAUGGCAUCCGUCCUGGGUGCUCAUUUAAGAAAGAGCCCAGAUCUACGCGUUCAAGAAGAGCGCCUUCGACGCGAACAAGAGGAAAUGAUAGCCCGUGAGCAAGAGGCUAAGAUGGCAGCUAUGCGCAUGCAAAUGCCCCAAACCCUUGUUGGCCCAGGCAAAGCCACGAAUGGCGGCUUUCGUGGAGGCAUGUACAAUGACGGAACUGGUGGCGUUGCCCAACAGCCUCCCAGCAUUAACCAGUAUCAACCCAAUUUCGCUCAGCCAACCAUGUUUAGCAACAGCCAAGGCCCAGUUGGCUACAACCAAGCGAGCUAUGUCAACAAUGGUUAUGCCAGCAAUAGUUUCAACAUGAGCACACAGUCGGCACCCAUGAUGAUGGGUGGCCAGAUGAUGGGAUAUCAACAACAGCCCAUGUACGCCAACUUUGGCGGCUACAAUGCGGGUAUGGCCGCGUACUCGCAGAUGAACUUGGGCAUGUAUCAAAACCGCCCAGGCAACAUGCACGCCAACGGGGGAAUGAUGCACCAGCAGAUGCAGGUUCCUGGAUCUUCUGGUUCGCUCGAUGCCGUUGAACGAUGGCGACAGGGCAUCCGACCUUAG